GACGUACAUAGCCAGAAGCGUGACGAAGACUGGCUUAAAAAUACAACAAGGAAGUGGACGUUUACUGUCAAGGCUUAAAUAACAUUCAUAAAGGAGACAUUUAAUUUCCUAUCGGUGUCUUAUAUCUGAAUAAGCGCCGGGAGGGUAUAGUCAUCUCGGACUUACCCGCGAGCCCGUGAGUAUCUUUCUGAAUAACCGUGGAGCUCGAGUCCAGCAAUGAACACGGACGUAGAAUUUCACAUCAGGCAGAAUUAUCCGUGGAACAAACUGCCAGCUAAUGUCAAACAGAGCCUGGGAAACUCGCAGCGUGAAUAUGACAAGCAGGUUCUUCUGUACAGUAUCCGAAACCAGCUUCGGUUCCGCAAUAACCUAGUCAGGCAUGUGAAGAAGGACGAACGCAAGUAUUAUGAGGAGCUGUUGAAGUACAGCCGGGAGCAUCUGAUGCUCUACCCCUACCACCUGUCUGACAUCAUGGUCAAGGGUCUGCGGGUCACCCCCUUCUCCUACUACAUCAGCAUCAUGGAGGACAUCAUGAACUGUGAGAAGAGUUAUGAUUCCCUGCCCAACUUCACUGCUGCUGACUGUCUGAGGCUGCUUGGCAUUGGCAGGAACCAGUACAUUGACCUAAUGAACCAGUGCAGAUCUUCCAAAAAAUUCUUCCGGAGGAAAACGGCUCGGGAUCUCCUGCCAGCAAAACCUGUGGAGAUCACAGUAGAGCCCUGGUGGGUGGUACAGACCGGAUAUAUCACCGAGGAUGACAUCAGGAUCUGCUCUGGGGCGGAGAAGACGGCCAUUGAUAAGAUGAUAGAUUCUGGACCCCAGCUGGCUGGAUCAAUGGAGUACAACGUGGUUCUGAGUUUGUACAACAGGGGCUAUAUAUAUCUUGAUGUGCCCAUAUCAGAUGACAGCUGUAUAUCAGUGCCGCCGCUUGAGGGAUUUGUCAUGAACAGAGUCCAGGGUGAUUAUUUCGAAACGCUACUCUACAAAAUCUUUGUUUCCAUCGAUGAGCAGACUAAUGUGUCGGAGCUGGCUAAUGUACUAGAGAUUGACUUGGGCCUGGUGAAGAAUGCAGUGUCCAUGUAUUGUCGCCUGGGGUUUGCUAUCAAAAAGGGUCAGGUGAUCAGCCCCGACCAGCUGCACACCUCGUGGAAGAGUGCCCCUUCGGUCAAUAGACUCAAAGGCACUAUGGACCCUCAGAAGAUGCUGCUGUCAUGGGAGGGUGGCAGUCCAGUGAUGGAGGCAGGUUCCUCAGCCACUGAUACAGACACCACCAGCCUGGAGGACCAGGACAAUGCAAGUGUGAGCAGUCUAAGUAUUCCAGCCGCCCCGACUAAGAGGAUCGCCUUCCUGUUUGACUCCACCCUCACCGCCUUCCUCAUGAUGGGCAAUCUGUCCCCUAACUUGAAGAGCCACGCCGUGACGAUGUUUGAGGUUGGGAAGUUGUCUGAUGAGACCCUGGACAGUUUUCUCAUGGAACUGGAGAAGGUUGAGAGCACUGCGGAAGGAGAGGCUCAGAGAUAUUUUGACCAUGCGCUGACCCUCAGGAACACAAUACUUUUUCUGCGCUACAACAAAGAUCUCACGCCUGAUCAGGGCCCUGAUGUACCAAAUAUAGGCCUGCCUCUGGACCUCCUCCGCUGUGAAAGCCUGCUGGGAUUGGACCCUGCCACCUGCAGCCGUGUGUUGAACAAGAACUACAAACUGCUAGUUUCCAUGGCGCCACUCAGUAACGAGAUCCGGCCAAUCAGCAGCUGCACGCCUCAGCACAUGGGUCCAGCCAUUCCUGAGGUCAGCUCCAUCUGGUUUAAAAUGUAUCUGUAUUCUGUCACUGGUCAAGGCCCUCCUUCGCUGCUGCUGUCCAAGGGCUCCAGGCUCCGGAAGCUGCCAGAGAUCUUUCAGGCCUAUGACCGACUGCUUAUUACAUCAUGGGGUCAUGACCCUGGGGUUGUCCCAACAUCUAAUGUGCUAACAAUGUUGAAUGAUGCCCUCACCCACUCUGCUGUGCUCAUCCAGGGUCAUGGAAUGCACGGUCACGGUGAAACUGUCCAUGUCCCAUUCCCAUUUGACGAAGAGGACCUUAAAGCAGAGUUCUCAUAUUCCAAUAUGUGUGCGCACAAAGCCCUUAAGAUCCUUCGGGACAAAGUGGAUCUGGAGCACCAGUGUGGCUACAUCACCAUGCUCAACCACAACAACAGACAUCGCAGACGACCCAGUGACGCCGAAGGGUCUCUCUUUGCUUUCCUCACAGGAGACCCUGAGCUUUGCGGAGUGCUUGAUGCCAGCGGAAGCAAUGAAUCUUUUGAGCUGGUUACGGAGGAGAAUAACGGAGAUGGCGGCAAGAAACCAGGAACAGAAGGGUCGUCCAGUGAGGAUGAAUGGGUUCCUCUGGAGCUUUGCUUUGGGAUGCCUCUUUUUAGCUCUGAGUUAAACCGCAAAGUGUGUCAGAGGAUCGUCUCCCACAAACUCUGCAGCAAAGACAGUCUUCAAGAGUUACUACAUUCCAGUCGAAAACUGGCAUUAAAGGUUCUCAGUUUUGUUCAUUCAUUCCAGGAUGGAAAACAGCCCGCGGACCCUGACAGCGGGGUCUGGGGUCCCCUGAGUAAGCCCCCGGCAGAGUCUGGCGUCCCCCUCCCCGCAAUCAACCUGCUCUUCAAGGAAGGCGAGCUGAAGGAAUGGAGCGGCCGAGCACCACCUUCCCUGCACAUCUCUGUCCCACAGAGAGAUCAGCCAACAUAAAACACCCCCCUUAAAAUAACCCUGUUCAGAUCCACACCAUACACCGCUUGUCAUGAGUUACCUGUGGCACUCAAUCACACACAGCCAUCAAGUGCUGCUGCCGCCAUCCGUCACGUCUGGAUGCGAGCGUCCAGAGUAAAGUAAACAAAAAAUAGAAAAUCUAUUUACAAAAAAACCUUUUAAUGUGUAUAUAGACUUUGCUUGGAAAACAUAGGACCAAUCCUGGAGUUGGAUGAAGUCGCCCUAAUCGUAUUACCAUGUUUUGUGACCUGAUGCAUGAUAUCACUGCACAAAAUCUCCAAAACUACUUGACUGAAUCAGCAGGGUUUGAAAACACAAAGUUGAGGUUUACGUUUUGCACAAAGCCUGCGGAUGACAUUCAGGUUUAUUCAAAUUGUUUUUUGGGGACUUGAAUUACGGUUUAUUAGGUAGUGUUCCAGCUGGAAAUCUAGUCCGUCUCAAUUCUGCUUAGCAGAGGAGCGUUUCUGCUUCACUGAGACCAAAGACCAACUCGUUUUAUGUUGAUUUUUACUAUUAUUUUAACUUUGCCUGCCUUAUUUGCUUUGUGUCCAUUAGACUACAGUAUCUCCGGAUACGUUUAUUCCACUAGACCAGUUUGAACAUGUUCCCACUAUCUGCUUUUGUCCACUCAUCUUCAAGUAGUGACAACAAUGUCAUCGAUUAUCCAUCAGUACCUAGAUGUGUUGAAUAUCAGUAUAAGUUUCGAGUUUAUUGUGCGAAUAUGCAGUAAACAGCAUUAAAUUCCCCUCAAUGGCCUGAUUUUUCCCCCCUCACGCCUUUACCGAAGGUGCUGCCAGUGUUUCCCCAAUCAAACCUUAUGGUAAUGGUAUGUGAAGACUGAUUAGAGAUCUUGGUGCUGCAUGAUGAGUGUGUAGAGUUGUCGUGUGUAUUGUGCACCAUCCUCUCCUCAUCUCUUUAUUUCCCCUUCCAUUCCUUCCUGCAUCGUUAUGACCCAAAACAACACCGGCUCCGUGCCUGACCCAGUCACAGUGUUAGGAAGAACAUAACCGAUAGUUUUAUAAAGUCACCCUGCAUUUUAAGAACUCUCUGUUGUAGUGUACUUGAUGGGACUGUGAACAUGCUCUUGUAAUUAAAUGGGUACAGAAGUUACAUUUUCCCCACACGCCGUCCCAUUCUCCAAAAUAUAUGUCAUAAAAAAUGAAAAUGUAAAAAGUAUAUGAAAGUACUAAUAAAUAUGUUUCAAAAACACA